AUGGAGAUGAGAAGAAUAAUUACAAACAUAAUUAAGGGAUUCAACACAAUUCAUUUGCUGAUUUUGACCCUACAAAAAUAUUAUGGUGAAGCUUCCAUUACUUUGACAGUAUUACCGUCCAGUAUUGUGGAGAUUAACCAGUCAGUGACAAUACAGUACUUCUUUUCACAACCAGAACUUGCCGUCUUUUUCAAUUCUUGGAUAAAUCCGUCAGUAGCAUUUUGUUCUCUGGAAACAUCCGGAGGAGUGUGUAAACUUGGGGAAUGUGCUAGAAACUACAAUACAUCAUGUCCUAACUCUACUUUUUAUAGCGUCCAGUACCCUAUCCCAUUAAGCUGGAAUGGAGAGAGUGUUUACUGUUCGGGGCUAUUUACAGGAAACGAGAAAAGUAAUAAUGUAACGCUCACUGUUAUUGUGCCAGUGACGUCAGUGACUCUGACGCCUACCCGGAUGACAGUUGAUGCCGGUAAAACCAUAACUCUGACCUGUCAGACAGGUUACUGCAACCCAGCAGCAAACAUCACGUGGUUCAAGUCAUCAGUUGACGUCACCAGUCAGGCCACAUCUUCCACGGAUACUGACAGUAAAGGCCUAGUGAGAACAACGUCAGUACUACAGUAUACAGGUGUCGCAGGGGACAAUGGUCAACAAGUGUACUGCCAAGCUAUGAACAAGAAAGAUCAAAGAGUCACUUCAACUCAACAUACGCUAAAUAUCAGUUAUAGCUCAGACGUACGCAUCCUCCCAUUUCCUCGAGUUUUAAACCUAGUUGACGGACAACGGCAGAUAUUCAUACAUUGCUUCGUUGAAAAUGCAAAUCCGGAAGAAAAUAUUGAAUACACAUGGAUAAAAUCAGAAGGCCCUAAUUCUUCUAUUGUCACGUCGUCUCAAACAUACGUCAUAAAGUCUGUGAGUUUUGAGGAUAGCUGUAGAUAUAUCUGUACGGCAAGGAAUUCUUUCGGAAACUCUAGUGGCAUCAUUGACGUUAGUGUGCAGUUUACUCCCCUGGCACCUAAACUUGAAUAUGCUAUAUGUAAAUCAACAUUUGCUACUGUCAUUUGGACGUCUUCGCGCACAGCCUAUAAUGAUUUCAAACUACAAGAAACACUUCAGUUACGUGAACUAAACAAAAUAUUUGUGAAUGUAACAAAUGAACAACUGAAUAGCACCGAGACCAGCCUUUAUGUUCAGAAAGUGAAGACGCUGAAGCCUAGAACAGAAUAUGCCUUUCGAGUACUGACUUCAAACCGAUACGGGGUCACUUUUUCUAAUGCUAUGUCAUGUGUCACAGACCCAGAGCUUGAAGGUAUUACCACUCUAUUUAUUUAUCUUUCAACAUAAUAAUAGUACUUGAAAAUGAUAACAUCUUUUUCAUAUUAUAGAAAAUUAUCAAGGUUGUGACAAAGGAGAGAUAAUCGGCGGAACACUCGGUGGAUUUGCUUUUUUCUUUAUUUUGGCAAUGAGUGUUGUUAUUUUGAACAAAUACAGACAAAGAAAGAUCACUAAAGGUGUCAGAAAUCAAAAUGCGAGUUAUGUGGAUCAGUUUUCUAACCAUGAUGUUCAUCAAUAUGAGGGAAUUUCUACUGAUUCAAAUAAAGGAACGCUGAACACUAAUUUUUACGAAAAAAUUGAAGAGAUGAAUACAUGGAAUUACCUGACUCCUCUUAUAAAGUCGUAGACAAGUCGACAGAGGUCAACUCUGGAUUGUACUCAAAUACAAAAUAGCAUCCACAAAUAGAAAUCGUCGUUGAAUUAAACACUAUGUGUUUGACAACUGGGUUGCUUGUCGGUGCUUUUAUAUCCCUAAUAGAUUCAAAUCUCUUGAAUGUUGUUGAAAGAGGAUGUGAAAUAUAUAUAUCAUGGAGUUCGCAGAGGUAUGAAGAAGUCGAUAUAUAUAUAAGAAAGGAAAACGACAGUGAUUUCCAGUUCAAUCUUCAAACAAGUGAUGUUAACUUUAUUUAUCGACCUAGUGAUCCAUCUGUGAAAUACCUUUUAAUCUGGUAUCCGAUAACAAGAGAAAAUAAGACCAGACAUCGAGUUGAAAAUUUAAAGCUAAAUAAAACAGCUAUGCUUGAAGACUGUCUGUCCCCUGGUAGCACAUAUUCACCGGACCCUACUACACCUUGUAUCUCUGAUUUUUGUCGUAUUUAUUUCUGGACAUCCAUCGUAGUGAUUCCUCUGCUGAUAAUUGUUACUACAUCAAUAUUUGUAUACUUAUACUUAUUCAAAGACAAUGG